AUGAUCCAUAAAGUCGCUCGUCGGGGGCUUCAUUUCGCCGGCCGAUCCUCCUCCGUCGUUGGUCAGCAAAAGGUUGCCAACUCUUAUGAAAUCAUUGACCACAAAUUCGAUGCUCUCGUCAUCGGUGCUGGUGGAGCUGGUCUCCGCGCCGCUUUCGGUCUCUCUGAAGCUGGUUUCCACACUGCUUGCAUCACUAAGCUUUUCCCUACUCGAUCCCACACCGUCGCCGCCCAGGGUGGAAUCAACGCCGCUCUCGGCAAUAUGGAAGAAGACAGCUGGAAGUACCACAUGUACGACACUGUCAAGGGUUCCGAUUGGCUCGGUGACCAGGACGCCAUUCACUACAUGACUCGAGAAGCUCCCGAUGCCGUCAUCGAACUCGAAAACUACGGAAUGCCCUUCUCCCGAACUCCCGAAGGAAAGAUCUACCAGCGAGCUUUCGGUGGUCAGUCUCUCAAGUACGGCAAGGGUGGCCAGGCCCAUCGAUGCUGCUGUGUCGCCGACCGAACCGGUCACUCCCUUCUCCAUACUCUUUACGGCCGAUCGCUUUACUACGAUACCGCCUAUUUCAUCGAGUACUUCGCCACCGAUUUGAUCAUGGACGACGAGGGCAACUGCAUUGGUUGCAUGGCCAUCUGCAUGGAAGACGGAACCAUCCAUCGAUUCAACGCUAAGAACACCGUCCUCGCCACUGGCGGUUACGGCCGAGCCUGGCAAUCGUGCACUUCCGCUCACGCCUGUACUGGUGACGGUAUGUCCAUGGUCUCCCGUGCUGGUCUUUACAACUCCGAUCUCGAAUUCGUCCAGUUCCACCCUACCGGUAUCUACGGCGCUGGUUGCUUGAUCACCGAAGGCUGCCGAGGUGAAGGUGGUAUCCUCAUCAACUCCGAGGGUGAGCGAUACAUGGAGCGAUACGCCCCAACUGCCAAGGAUCUUGCCUCUCGAGACGUUGUCUCCCGAGCUUCUACCAUGGAAAUCCGAGCCGGUCGAGGUGUUGGCCAGGACAAGGAUCACGUCUACCUCCAGCUCCACCAUCUUCCAGUCGAACAGCUCAACACUCGACUUCCUGGUAUCUCCGAGACCGCCAAGAUCUUCGCUGGCGUCGAUGUCACCAAGGAACCCAUUCCCGUCCUCCCAACCGUCCACUACAACAUGGGUGGCGUUCCCACCAACUGGAAGGGCCAGGUCCUCACCCUCGACCAGAACGGCAACGACAAGAUCGUCGGCGGCCUCUACGCUGCUGGUGAAACUGCUUGCGCUUCCGUCCACGGUGCCAACCGACUCGGAGCCAACUCUCUUCUCGAUUUGGUUGUCUUUGGCCGAGCUUGUGCUCAUACCAUCACUGAAGAAUGCAAGCCUGGUGAUGACUUCACUCCAGUCAAGCCUACUGAUGGUGAAGAAUCUAUUGCUAACAUUGAUCGAAUCCGAAUGGCCGAUGGUGAGAUCAACACCGCUGCCCUCCGAACUCAAAUGCAGAAGGUUAUGCAGAACAACGCUGCUGUCUUCCGAACCGCUGAUACCCUCGAAGAAGGCUGCGAACUCACCCAGGAAGUCUACGAUGACAUGAAGAACAUGAAAGUCUAUGACCGAGGAAUGAUCUGGAACACUGACUUGAUCGAAUCUCUCGAACUCCAGAACUUGAUGAUCAACGCUCGAAUGACCAUGGAAUCUGCUUGCGCUCGAAAAGAAUCCCGAGGCGCGCACGCCCGAGAGGACUUCCAGGACCGAGUUGAUGAAUUCGACUAUUCCAAGCCCCUCGAAGGUCAGACCGAAAAACCAAUGGAAGAGCACUGGCGAAAGCACACUAUGUCUCUCAUCGACCCCGAGACUGGAAAGGUCACUCUUCACUACCGAGGCGUCAUCGACAACACCCUCAACGAAGAAGAAUGCGCCUCCGUUCCACCAACUCUCCGAGUCUACUAG